GGGCUCUCUCUAUUAUUUGUAUCGUUACUUUCAAAGCGUGCGGACGUGCGGCGUGUCGUUGCUAGUGCCAGUGAAAAAGCAUCACCACGCAGUUGUUACUAUUUACAGUGGUUUUCCCUUACGCCACUAUUUAUCGAGUGAGACUUGCAAAGAAAAACAACCAAUACAAGUGUUCAAAAUGUAAGUUGCGUGCGUGAAGUGUUCAUGGAAAAGGUGGCACUUGUGUUUCUACGCGACUAUUGAAACAAACGCAAACGGCAACGUGUACCCUCUACUACCACCUGUCAAACAAAUAAGUGAUAGAUCAAAUAGUGAUCGCGGUGAUCUGGUGAUCCAACAUAGUUGCGAGUGUUGGUUCGAAGGUAAAAUGAUGCAGUUGGUUCACUGCAAAGUCACGGUAGCAAUCCAAGUGUGCGCGUGGUAGUGGUACACGAAUGGUGCGAAAGUGCAAUCCAAGUAAACGCCCAAAUGUUCACUAGCGGGGCUAGCGCGAGAGGAUGUGUAGUGUGAAGUAAUCGUGUGGAAUUAAGUGAAAAAUGGGAAAAUAGUUGUACGGGGUGCCGCCUGUACGGGAAGCUAGGUGUGUCUGUGUGCAUCGUCCGAUCGGCAGAUCGAAGAGAAUGUUAUGGGGCGUGGAAAACCGUUCAAAAUAACCCCACAUUUAGUGUAGUGUAAGCGUAGCAGUGAAUUUGAAGCAAUUGUCUUCAACUUGUAGUGUUUGAAAAUCUAAACAGAAAAAAAAGCAAAACGCUUCGUUCCUGAACGUGGCAUCUCACGGCUGGCGUAAUGGCAGGAAAUAUUGUUAAAUGGUGGAAGCACAAGAUACUCGGCGGCUACAAACAGUUCACAGUACUUCAAGAAUGCGCUACCGACUCAGAGGAACUGAUUUAUCCUGGGCGUGCCCCGUCAGCCUGCAGUGCACCACCAGAUCUGCUCUUAACUAGUGAUCGUGAGCAAAUGUUGAAAGUAAAGUCCUCCUCCAGUACUGGUGCUGCCACUGGUCAGACUAAAUCGUCCGUCCAUCACCAUCAUCAUCACGGCCACCAUCAACAAUCACCCGGCGCAAAUGGACACAAUCAUUCAAGCGCAUCCCAGCAACAGCAGCAUCAUCACAAAUCACAAAAAGAUGCCUUCCGCAAGAGCGGUUCAGGGAAAAUGGGUAGUGGUGGAGGAGCGGCAGGAGCCUCGGGCGGAGGUGCUACCAACACCAUCAACACCACUGCCGCUACUAUUAGGAGUGAUCCAGAUCGAGUUCGAUUAGAGGAGUUUACUUGCGAUGUCUCGCUGGAGGAUGGAAAGAAACCGCAGCCACUACAGUUUUCCUUCACUCUCUACGAUUUGGAUGGUCAUGGCAAAAUAACCAAAGAUGACAUUGCUGGAAUAGUGUCGACAAUUUAUGAAUCAAUAGGCAAAUCGGUAGUAGUUCCUCACUAUGGUAGCAAAACCAUUAACGUUCGCCUGACCGUGUCGCCGGACGGCAAAACGGCGCCCGCAAAGCCAACAUCGGCUGCAGUGAAAAAAGCUAUAAUCACGCCCCGCCGGCGGUAUCGCUCGCGGAAACUUAUCUCCGAUGAUGAUGGCAGCGACACGUCGGAAAAUUGUCCCCGUCUGCUACGCAAUCGAACAGCUGCUGCGGCCGCUACCGCGAGCCAUGGCGAGACGACGACAAACAUCAAUCAAACGGCACUGCCAAACCAGCAGCAACAACAUCAUCAUCAUCACCACCAUCAUCCAAACGGAAGCUCUGGAAAGCUGAAAGAGUCGAAUCUGUCAAAAGCAACCGCACUAGCUGACGAUUGCCAAGUAGUGAACCGCACGAUUGGGUUGAGCAACAGCUCCGAGAGUUCAGCAGCAGCCGGCCAACUUCUGGUCGAAGCGUACCAUAACAAUCUUAGCACGGUGACAUCCGGAGCAGGUGUCGAAGCGGGAAAGACCGUUCUGAACAAUGCUUCCAAUGCAACCAAGAGCAAGACGCAUGAGAAUAUUUACGAAAGCAUUAACAACCUAAAGUGCUGCAAUCUGCGGCAGCAGCAGCAACAACAACAACAGCAACAACAACAACACCAUUAUCAGACGGCAUCCCACAAUACAAGCAUUAUGCAGACGACAGUUUCGUCCCUUCCGGUAGGAUCGGCAUUGAAUCAAUCGACUGCUUCGACGGCAGCGCUUAUUUGUCGAGAUUGUAUUGAUGGUCCAGCAACGACGCUGCUUCCAACAUUGUCCACGUUGGAUACGGUCGUUAUUCCUACACCUCCGUCUGCAGUCGUUGCAGGGCGUGCCAAACGGAAGCUCGUUCGAAAAACGCGCUCCUCACGGAAAACGGCAGUCGCCGCCAAGAUGCUGGCGGAGGACUUUCAACGACGCCCGAGGGCUCGUAGUCUGUCGGUGGGAAACGAAAAUUGCUAUGAAAAUGUAAUCGGUCGAAUGGCAGCCGCCCAGGAGGAGUGCUGGAAGAGCUCGCUGUGCCGGAGGGAGCUGAUCGAGAUCAUACGCGAAAGUAUGGUGAAAAAUAGUCUCUGUUUUCAACCAAAUCGGAAAGCGAUAGAAAGUUCACCGAAACAUCGCCACCGUUCGCACACGAUUGCUUCCCGCGUUGGGGAUCAGGUGUUCUUCAACUAUCACCAUCCGACAGCUGCAGCGCUGGUGGCAGCGAAUAACGGUGCGACUGUUGCAGCCGAACUCGGUGGAGCACAGGCCGCGACCACAAGCACUACGACGACGGCACUGUUUGCCAUUGCUGGGCACGAGGCAAACCUGUGCGGGUACGAUUCGUACCUGCACAAAACGAUCUGUGCCGCGGCCAAUGGUGGCGGAGCUAGCGCAACAAACAUGCAGUUGGCCGCAGCUCAUACGUCAGCGGCUAUCAAUGGCGGUGUUCAAGCACUUGCGAGCAGCACACCCAACCGGUUACUACAACAGCAUUUCCAUCAUUCGAAAUUGAAGAGGAAGGAACAUCAUCGAUUGGCAGCAGCGGUCGGUGCGGUACGAUCUACGCAUCCGACGCCCGUAAAGCUAAGCACGGCCCUACUCAACCAGCAGUACCCGAAUCUCUCGGCCGAGCAGAAGCUAACACGCUCGAUCAAUCAGGUAGAGCAGUGGCUUGAUCAUCGUAGUCCCAAGAUCCUUCCCAAGGUCAAACUAACCGACGACGCACAACCCCAACGUACAGUCGUCGGUCGACCGUUGAAACGCUCCAAAAGCAAAGAAGAGCUGACGCCGAGCAGCCUUUUGCUGCUGGAAAAUCUAAAAAUCAGUGAAGACAUUGCGGAAAUAGCGGUGGUAACACCGAAGAAGGUGUUCAACAAAGAAUCGCUGAUUGCUUCCGCGACGAAGAAGAACAUUAAAACGCACCAUCAGCACAGCUCAUCGCGACAGCCGACUUUGCCGACCGUUGAAACGGGCGUCGAGAAAUCGGUCCCGGUAGCCAAACAAUCGGUACCGAAUGGAGACGCCCAGCUGGUCCAGCUACAGUACGGUUCGGUACCGGUGAAUGCUGAACCGAGUGAGUGUGAAAAUCUAAUCCGCAUGUCAGACGAUGGCGAAGACGAGUUGCAGCCGCAGCCGCCAACGGUUGCGACAACGAAACAGCACUUUCGUCCUCACCAGCAGUCACGGUCGCAGCCACAAUCGCCACAGCAUCAUCCGCAUCACCAUCAGCAGCAGCAUCCGCAGGAACCGCGCUACUGUGGCAGUGGUGGAGCGCAUUCAGUUUCGUCUGCCUCGGCCGCCUCGACAACGGCCGUCCACCGAUACGUACACGAGCACAUUCACCAUCACUAUCAUCAUUUCGAAAAUGAUCCGGACGAAUCUUGAUGCUGGUGGUACGGACGCUUACGGCUGGAACCGUCGUCUUUAACGCCAGUGUCCGGCGAGAUGGGCAAAGUUGGUGGGCAUUGGUUAUCACUCGAAGAACCGCCCCCACCGCCGUGAUCGAUGCUUAACGCCACCAUCAUAACUGCUUCAUCGGCCGACCGGUGUUACGGCCGCGCUUCGAUGGGUUGGUUCUGUUGCUUUUAGCUUUGCACUCGUCAGCUCAAGCUACUUCUCAAACGUCCACUAUCCCGUCUCAUUUUCACCUUUCUCACCUCUUUCUCUAUUGUGUUGUGUACUUACGAAUCUCAAAAAGUUUAUUUAUUUAUUUAUUUUGUUUUUUGCCGCCAUGGCGGAACAAAGACUUAAAACUGAACGAUGUAAGGGUGGUGUGGCAAAUUUUGAAUCACUGGUAUGUGAGGUUCGGCGAUGUUACUCCUGAAGAAGAUAGUUUCCAUAGCAACAGCAUUCUCUGUAGCUUGCGGGUUGGCUGGUGUCUCAUUAUCCAUUUUGCUAACGAGUUUCGUUUCGCAAAAUCGGAUGUUCGAAAAGAAUUCUGACCCUAUGUGGAAUGUUAUGCGCGAACCUGUCGAAACUGUCGAAAACCUUCAAAAACUCUUUUCCAUUAUGUACAUAAUAUCUGCAAAAAGGUCACCAAACAUUUCUAGCUUACGGAUGUGUAUAAAUUGUGUAUUAUUUGGUUAGUAGUGCGCGGUCAUAAAACUCCUUCGCGGUUGAUACAAUCUCCUAGUAGAGAAUGCGGAGCUUGAAACUAAAUCACUCAAGACCUGCUACCGUUAAAUUGUACUUUGAUCACCCAAGGAAAAAUGUACAGGAUCGCUAUUUAAUGUGCGAUAGGGCUUAUAAAAGGGUUCCCUGGCAAGGAUCGCCAACCGCACCGGAGCCGCGAGCUCCACAGCUCAAUGGGUGGGAAAAGCAUAAGUAUUAGGCUGCUAAAUGUUUGCUAGCGUAAGGUACUAUUUAUUUUGUUAGUUGGACCAAAUCAUCGAUCGCCCACUCGUAGAUAGAGACAGCUGUAGAAGGAGUAAAGAAAAGGAGCAAACAACAUCUUUUACAUUCAAACAUUCAAACAUUCAUUACAUGCUUGAAGAUGCUUUCACGACAGCCUGCAUGUGUAACAUAACUUCCCAUCUUACUCAGCUUCUUCGCACUUCCUUCCUAAUUAAAGCACAAACGUAUUAUCCUGUUAACAUUUCAUACUACUAAUCCUUUGUUUCUCAUGGGUUUUUCGUUUCGGUGUCUGUCCCCCAUCACUAUCUUCACCACUUCCAAUCAGCAAAACUGUAAAUAAAUAGUUCACAACGUGUGGAUCCCAAUCCAAUCGCCGGCAGAAGACGAUUGAACGUUAACACGCAACGGCAAAAAAGAACACGAAACUUACAAGACUGAUUUCAUGUUAUUAAAUCGUAAUAAUGAAUGUUUUUUUUUGUGUCUGUGUGUAUCUCUCGAUAUGUUUGUUCGACACUUUAUCUCCGUUUAGUUUUUAAAUGUUAAACAAAGUGAAUGUUGAACGUGGAUAGGAAGAAGCUAUAAAAGUGUAUACUGAGGGAGAGAAUGACGCUGCUGCUGUUGUCCGCUUUUACCAGACCACCAUGGCCAUUUUGCAACUUUUAUACGACGGUUGGUUUCCAACGAAAGCAAAAUUUAUUAGGUUUUCCUUUUUUCCUUUUCCCCUUUUCCCUUUACUGUACUGUGGCAUUAAGAUUAGACGAAUGGAAAAAAACAAAAAAAUUGAUUGUAGCGUUAAACACAAAAUUAUUCGCAGGUUUCGGUUACAUAGCAGGUAUAUUAUUAGUUGGUAAAGAAUUGUGGUAUUACAAUGCAAAAUUAUCAGUAAAAUUACGCGCGAACUUUUUACGACAAGAAAAAAAAACGACCAGUACAAUGUAAGCCUUUCUAACGUUAUUGCCUUACAAGUUUCGGAAUUGAUGCACUAUUUUAGGUUGACCUGUAGCGCUCCGUUUUAUUAUUUUCAUAAUUUAUACAAACAAAUGCCGAAAGCAGACAUCGAAAACCAUGCCAAUCGAACUUUUCAUUUGAAAACAAAGCUAUGCUAUAUCAAUACACAUUAUCGCAGCUUAUGUCGAGCUUCAUGUUAAAAAGAGGAGAAAAAAAACACAACUAGUGCUUUCGAUUGGUAAUACAAGCUCCUGAGUAGAUGUUUAAUCAAAGUAUUACGCUCUACAAGGCGUACGGACGCACGCGAGAGACAAGUACAAGUACGAAUUUACAAAGGAAAACAGCUAAAGCCCAUACCUUCAACUCUUAACUUAAUCGUUCCUGGUUCUACAAAACGGCUGCAGGCUUAAUGUAUUUCAACGCUCAACAUGCAAGUCAGCAAUCGAAUGAGAAUGAAAAUGUAUAUGCGUUUGUAUGAUUAUUAGGUGUAAGCUUUAUUUAUUACGACUAUUCUCACCAAGCAGAAUGGCUAUGAAGUUUCAGUUUCCAUUUAUAUGUCGAAAGUUCUCUUCAAGCUUCAAUCUUCUAGACGAGACGACAUAACGGCGCAGUAUCAGCGAGAAGCGCGUGGGAAGAUGGUGGUUUGCGGAAACGGAAUUCCAAUGUAUCAUUCGUACCGCAUAGAACCGGUAGUAUGCAAGAUAAUAUAACGCAAAUACAGUUAAAUAA